GGGUUGAUAAAUGGUGAGGACUUCUCUACCUUGGCAGAGGAUGUUCUAAAGAACACUUGUACAGAGCAAAGGGUAACUGCAUCUUGGAGUCUGGAUAACCUUGAAGCUUCUAGCUUGCAAGCAGACACGGUUACAAAUACUCUACAGGAUUCGGAUGUGUUUGACCUUGAAAGGAUCCUGAGAACAGACAAGACCCAAACCAUUUCUGGUGCCAAGACCUUCCCAGAAGUCCAGGUCACAGGGUCUGUGGCUCUUGUUGGAACCCUCAAUGGCUUGGAUGUAGCAACCAAUUUAGUGCAGUAUGGUAAGAGUGCAGAAAUAACUGCUGAAAAGACUUUCAAUCAAAAGCUGACCAUAUGGGGAGACCUAUCCAUGAGCAGUGGUAGCACUGUGCAGGGUGUUGAUGUAUCUGCAUUUGAAGAGUCUGCUGUGCUACAUAACGCUAGUGGCACUACUAAGCCUAUUAGUGGAAUUACCACCUUCAAAGGCUUGACCUUGAAGACCCUAGAAGUUGGCGGCACUGUUGACGGUGUACAGGUAGAUAGUAAUACUAUCCUACUGACCACUGGAGCACAAAGUGUAGCUGGCUUGGUCACGGUAUCUGUACCUGGACAAGACAAGGUGGUAUUUGUUGAACAGAACCUAGAGAUCCAGGACAAGAAGUUCAACUCUAUUAGUCUUGAAAAACUGUAUGAUGAUACGGUUCGUGUUGAUGGUAACAAGGAUACUAUUACAGCAGAAGUAACCUUCUCAGCCUCUCCAACCUUUUCAAGCUUAACUCUUGAAAAUCACCUUGUAAAUGGUUACAACUUGACAGAUCUUAUCUUGGUACUUAAUGGUAAACACACCCUUAACAACAUGGGAGAUCUCCUAGAAGAAGCAAUCACGGCUUCAGAGCACUCCAACAUGGUUCUUGAUGAACGACCAACUGACCUAUGGUAUUUCUACGAAACCAAGUUCCAGGAAAAACUGUACAAGCUACAGCCAAUUACGCUGUCGAAUCCCUUGGGACACCAUUCCAUUGAUGCCUUUGUUGGCCUGAACUGGGAUGAUGCAAGUCUCCAGAUUUAUGGGCCAGAGAUUGGUAGGAAGUCCUUGGCUGAUGAACUAAAGGACCUCUGUGAGGAAAAGGAACACUUGGAUAUGAUGACAGCUUUCCCACCAACAAGCACUGUUGCCGUUCCUAAAGCAACGGUAGCUGCAGGCUUGGGAAAUAGCCACUUGGCUGUAUGUGGCAACUCGCUUGUAACUUUCCCAUAUACAGCUGCACCAACCUAUCAACAGAUUUCAGAUGAGCUGGGCCAGGGAACCUCGUAUGGCCACAUCUUCUUCCUAAGUAGUGCAGUCGAGACUGUGGUUUCCUUCAGUACCAUAUCCUGCAGAGACCUAGUGCCAUUCCACCUGAGUAAUGGUAAGGAUUGCUUGGCAGUGAUUGAUCAUGAAACCUCCUCUGCAGUGAUCUGUGGAACUCCACAGAUGGGCUACCAGCUACUGAACUACCUGGGAACUAGUCGUGCAGUUGAGGCAGCUGCAUUUACCUUGGGGAAGACUUACCUAGUUGUGCUAGAGGAUGACUCUUUCAGCUCUUCCUCAAAUUUGAAGCUCUUCAAAUAUGAUGUCAACACUAUGGCUCUGGAGUUCAACCAUGACCUACAAAAGGCUUCACACCUUGAUGCCCUGGCUGGCAAGAAUGAAGCUUAUGUAGCAGUAACUCAUCGUACCUCCCCUAUUGCCGCCGGGAGUGUUGACAUCUUCACCAUCAAUGAUAAGUCUGGUUCUGUGGAGAUGGAAAAAAUGCAGACCUUGAAGGUGCCUGGUGCUUUGGCAAGUAACUUGGGAGAAGUGUCCAAGUAUGAAAUGGGUCUCUUCGUCCAGACAGAGCAUGGUGUUCAUGUGUACGUCUUGAAGGGAAUGCAGUUUAUGCACGAAAGGAUGGUGAAAACUGUACCUGCACGGAAACCCUUCUCAUUCCCAUUCUACCAUACGGGCCAGAAUACCACCUUCCUUCUGUACGCUGGCAGUGAGGUUGAAGGUGGACACCUAGAAGGGAGUGCAAGAGCAUAUGAAGCGGUCUACAGGCCUUAGUUUUAAUCUUUUAAAAUAUAUUUAAUUAGAACUCC